CCGGUUUGCACGUCUUUCGGUCACUACGCGGUCUUCAUAUGUUUAGUCCCCGUAUUUAACAUGAACCAAAUCAACGCGUGUCUGUUGGGCUCAAGCGUUUUGUCGUAACGUGCGUCGCGUUGUAUUGGUGAACGUCGGGGAAACUAGCGGGCAAGCUAACGUCAACUUUUGAGUUUUGGUGCUAUGUGUUGUCAAUCGGAUCAAACGUGAGCUAGCCUGCGCACAUUAACGCGGCUGGCUCGUCAUAACGUGGCGUUAUAAUACACUGGUCUAAUGUCAAAGCGCACGUGUUCAUUUUAACGUGACUCGCGAAACAUCUGACUUCCUGUCACUUUACGUUAGCUCGUCGAUUGACCGAAGUGUGCCCGCGCGCGAACGUGACGUGUGACGUUACGGUUCCUUUUUCUCCUGACGUAGGUUCUUGGGGUGAAUGAGAACAACUCCGACGGCACCGUCUGUUAGAGAUGUCUAGACGUGUGUGCGCCAGUGUCCUCCACAGAGCUGCACGCUACACGCUGACGCCCUCCAGCCCCACUGCCCCAUCCCAGUACUCGCUCUUUGCAGAAGCCCACCAGUGUAACUACUCGUCCUGGGGCCCCCGCAGAUCAGACCAGCGGGGCCUCGCUGGUGAGGGGACGGGGAACUGGUCCCAGAGCAAGCGGCUCCGCUCGACCCGUCGGGACAUCGACUUCAUGCUGAGCGGCGUCCAAAUCAACGGGUUUCUGCGAUCUAACGAGCAGAGUGUGAGCGUGCCGGAGUUCGAUGGCAGAGCGCUCUGCGCCGUCAAAAAGUUCGAGAGCAACCAGCUCGCCGCUAACACGCCCAAUGAAGACCGCCGCAGUGCAGCCACCUGCCUGCAGUCAAAGGGCAUGCUGUUUGGCGUGUUCGACGGCCACGGGGGCUCGGCGUGUGCCCAGGCGGUCAGUGAGCGCCUGCUGCUCUACGCUGCAGUCGCGAUGAUGUCGAAACAGAGCCUGGAGGAGCUGGAGAGAUGCGUGGAGCACGGCAGGGCCGCGCCUCCCAUUUUGCAGUGGUACAAACACCAUGCAGACUUCAACUAUCGGGAGUGCGCCUCCCUUUACGUGGACCACCUGAGAGUCUUCUGGCAAGAAUUACUGGACAGCGAGGAGCACGGUGAAGGCAUGAGUCCUCUGGAUGCUCUGGAAUGGUCCUUUAAGCGACUGGAUGCUGACAUCUCCUUGGAGGCUCAGGUGCCUCUUUACAACGACCUGGUGAAAAGCACAGCCAUCCAGGUCGCGUUCUCCGGGUGCACAGCCUGCGUGGCUCAUGUUUCCACGGACCGGAUCCAUGUGGCGAAUUCCGGUGACAGCCGAGCGGUAUUGGGCGUGCUGGAGGAGGAUGGAUCCUGGAGUGCUUUGCCCCUUUCCCUGGACCACAACACGCAGAACCAGGCGGAGGUGGAGAGGAUCAAGGCCCAGCAUCCGCCCUCUGAGAGAGCCACGGUGGUCACAGACGACCGACUGCUCGGGGUUCUGAUGCCGCUGCGGGGGUUUGGCGACGUAAGAUUCAAGUGGAGCCUCGAGCUGCAGCAGAGCAUUUUAGCCGGCCUGGAAUCAGGGGUGGACCUGGACUCCCUGAGCCUCUACCAGUACACCCCGCCCAACUACCUCACUCCACCCUAUCUGGACGUGGCGCCCGAGGUAACGCACCACAAGCUGAGGCCCCAGGACCGCUUCCUGAUCCUCGGCACCGACGGGCUGUGGGACGAACUGGGGAACGAGGAGGCCGUGCGACUGGUUGGAGAGCACCUGAGCGGGAUUCACCUGCAGGCUCCUGUUUCUCCAUCAGAGAGGCAAAUGAAAUUGGGUCAGAUGCACAAGCUCUUGCUGGAACGCCAGACCCGUGCGUCGCCCGCUUUAGACGCCAACGCUGCUACACACCUCAUCAGACAUGCUCUCGGCACCGGGGAGUACGGAGAACUGAGCCAGCAGAGACUGGCCACUAUGCUCACCUUGCCCGAGGACCUGGCUAGACUGUACAGGGAUGAUAUCACCGCUACCGUGGUGUAUCUGAACUCUGACCUGGCCAGACCUCAACGCAGCUAGCAGAAGGAUAUAUAAUAACAAAUAUAAGAAGAUAUUUUUUGAUCUAAAAUGUGAUCAUUACGAUCGGUUACAUACAUUGCUUUAUAAAUGUUUUUUGAUGAAAGAGCAGUUUUCAGUAUUUUAUGUAAUAAAAAGAGUACAAGAUUCUAUAUAUUUAACAUAGGUUACAUUUCCAAAAUUAUAGCAUUUAUCAAGUUAAAAUACAGAUUAUUUUCUGGCAAUUCUUGUUUCUUUUUUUUUUUUUUUUUAGCCUUCACUGUAUUCAAAAGGCUAAUACACCGGAGAUCUAUUACAAAAGUGGAAAUGUGCAUACAUCUGUGAAAGUUUUUUUUUCUUUUUAGUGUAGGCUUUUUUGAUAUUUAUUUGGGGUAAAUGUUAUUGUUUUAUAUUUAAAAAAUAGUAAUUGGAUUGAUAAUAAGUAGUUCUAGUUAUAAAUGUAAAUGCUCUCUUCAGGCUGUCCGUCAGAUAUAUUUAAGUUGCCACUGUAAAGGUGCUGAUGCUUCAUAUUAAACCAAUGAGAAAUUA